AUUUUUGCAAAGUGCCGAGGUCUAACUCCGUUCAAUAGUGUAUCUUUGCGGGGUUUCCGGUAUCCUUUCCGAAGAUAUCCAUCGAGAUGUAUAUUUCGUCCUAACCCAUUUUGCAACUACGUUUCGAGGGUUCCGUGUGGGCUCGGUUUUGUGCGUAUAAUCUACAAUACCGACUCAAUAUAAUAUUGGUGGACAGCCGUUCAAGUCUGUCAUAAAACUACAUCGUUACUUUUCAGCUGUAAUUAAAGGAAUCGUGCAUAUGCUCUGAACUGGUUCCUUCCCAAAGACAUUCCAGGACUUACACUAAGCCUCGGGGUGUUAGCGUGGAAGCUACGUACGAGAGUUUAGUCUAAUGCCAGCCGUGUCAUCGUUUCCCGGUGGAAUAUAUGGCCGGAGCACUGAAGUCAUUCGGAAAAGUACGUAUGAUAUUCCAUCUAUUCAAGCCGUCUAUCUUUCGUAUCAGCAUGGUACAUUGCCUGUUACUAAACCAACUUUCCUGGCUAUGCAAAAAAAUCAUUCACCUAUUGCUCCGCUCAGUUUCUGCAUGAAAUCAUAAUCGGGCCACUAAUGAGGUGAGAAUUGCAUCACGUGAUUUGAACAGUCAGCACUUCCGUAUCAGCGUGGGGAAAAUUGCCUGAAGUGGACGCGGAGUGCGUCAAAAGCGAAAAUUGGUGCGAGGCACUAGCCAUGCAGCUCGGCACCGAAAGUGCAACUUGUACGUGACCCCAAGUCCGGGAAGCCUGAUGAUGGAUCACAUUCGUCCAUGGACAGAGGAAUAGAGAAUGAAGUACAAUAUCUAUUAAAU